UAUAAAAGCCUCUCAAUCCCCAUUUGCGAUAAUCACCAACUUCUCUUCGUUAACAUUAAAUCUUCAACCAUCGCAGGAUAAACACACUUGACACUACACUUGUCAAUUAAGGCCUCUUCAUAUUUUUCAAGGAUACAAGAAAAAUAUGAGCUGGGCAGGAGGAGACUGGAUGUGCGCCGCAUGCCAGUACCAGAACUUCAAGAAAAGGGAAGCUUGCCAACGUUGCGGAUACCCCAAAUAUGACGGCCCUGACGUCUCCACAUAUUUGUAUAAUCGGACCGCGGUUUUGGCCGGAGACUGGUACUGCACUUGUGGAGCUCACAAUUUCGCCAGUCGUUCGAAUUGCUAUCAAUGUGGUGCAAUGAAAACUGGUUACAAUUGUGGGUAUGAGGGGAACAUGAUGAACACCGGAGCAUAUGGAUCCGAUGGAAGUGGCCCGCCUGGAUGGAAGUCCGGCGACUGGAUUUGCAACAGAAUUGGAUGUGGAGGGCACAAUUAUGCGAGCAAGGCAGAAUGCUACAAAUGCAAAACACCAAGGGAGUAACUCCGGUGGUGCAGUCAGAAGAAGGUGGCAAUUCGAGAAGAUAAUCGGUUGGCUACAGAAAGAUUCUGUCUUGCAAUAUCAGAAAUAGAAACCCCAACUUUGGUUUAAUUAUAGACUAGUACUCUUCGUUUUUGUUUUUCCUUUUUAUAGGAGAUAAAAUAAGCUUUAGGUUAAUUGACCAUGGUCGAAGACCUGCUUGCAAAAUCAAAUCUUGCCUUGUAUUUGCAUUGGGAAUUUUCUACUGCUUUUCUGAUCAAAUGGUGAAUGUGGACGUUCA